ACCAUUAUACGUUUAGCUUUAGUUUAUGGCUUCCUGUCAGUCUUCAACAAAUAAUCUGAAUUUCGUAUCCUCCCUUUUUUCUUUUAUUGUGUAGUUUUUCACAGAAAAUGUCUUCUAAAAGUGAAAAAGAUCGAGCUAAACAGAUCCAGGAUCGAUGUCAAAAUAUUCUAAUCCAAAUGUUGAAAGACGAGGACAAUAAAUAUUGUGUAGAUUGUGACGCCAAGGGACCACGUUGGGCAUCAUGGAACCUAGGUAUAUUCCUAUGCAUAAGGUGUGCUGGUAUCCAUCGGAACCUGGGUGUUCAUAUAUCCAAGGUGAAGAGUGUCAACUUGGACUCAUGGACACCAGAACAAGUGGUAUCACUACAACAAAUGGGUAAUUCUCGUGCAAGAGCAGUAUAUGAAGCAAAUUUGCCAGACUCUUUUAGACGGCCACAGAAUGACUCUUCACUAGAGUCAUUCAUACGGGCCAAGUAUGAACAGAAGAAAUACAUUGCUAAGGAAUGGGUGCCACCACAACUUCCUAAAGUGAAUUGGGAUAAAGAGAUAGAUGAAGAACUAGAAAGGCAAAAGAGGAAAAAGAAAACGACCACAUCAUCUCUGGGACCAUUGCCGGCCCCAAGUGUUGAUAAAAAAUAUAAUAAAUCUGAUGUUAUCCCCAGUAUACCUAAACCCAAAUCGUCAGUUAGUCCCAAGUUGAGUAGAAAUACACCAGUUGAAAUUAAACCGAGUAAUGGUGCAGCUGAUCUGCUGGGUUUGGACACUGCCAUGCCCUCCACUAAACCAGAGCAGAAGAGUACUAAUGAUGAUAUUUUCUCAAGUUUCUUCUCGGCACCAGAAAAACCGGCUGAGGUAGCGCAAGAACAAAAAUCGGAUUUGAAAACAGAAGAAGAAAAUUUCUUCAAACAACCUGCGCCUACUGAGAAAGAAAAGUCCAAACUUACAAAGGACAGCAUAUUAGCGUUAUACAGUCAAACACCUAUGAACCAAUUUAAUCCAGUACCUCAAAUGCAACAAAUUCCGGGUCAACAAAUGCAACAAAUUCCGGGUCAACAGAUGCAACAAAUUCCAGGUCAACAAAUGCAACAUAUACCAGGCCAACAACUAUCUGGUCAACUACCUGGGCAACAAAUAACAGGACAACAACUUCCUGGUCAACAAAUAACAGGCCAACAAGCUCCUGGUCAGUUCUAUCAGCCAUAUAUGAUGAAUGGUAUGCAAAUGAACCAAUUUCAGCCAGCUAGCCAAUUUCAGUAUCAAAUGCCACCACAGCCACAGUUUCAGACACAACCAAACUUUUUCAACCAACCCCUUUCGCAACAGUUUGGCAAUCUUAAUUUAGGUCAAGGUUUCCCUAACGCAUUUCCUAACCCCAAUGUUGCCAGUAAUUCUACAUGGCAAUAAUAAAAAUAGUUUUUUUUAAUGGCAAUACUUUUUGAACAUGGCGUUUUGGGCGAUUUAAGUAGCAUGGGAUCUCUGAAUUAUAAAAUAUGUUUGAACAUUAUAAAACAAAUCGAAGAUUAGUGCAUUGUUAUACAUAAUUUUAAAAUCUUAAUUCAGUCUAUUCAUAUUUAGUUACAGGUUACAAUAUUGCGCAAACUUAUUUUAAAGUUUAUUUUAGUUUGGGAGAUUCCGUUAGGUUUUAGUUCGGUCAAAUCGCACAUACGCCAGAGAUAUUUCAUUUAUCAUAGACAAUAAUUUCAUUCAAUAGAUAGAAAAUGUAAUCUAGUUGCCUUCAGGCAGAUUACAAUUAUUUCAUAAAAAUGCAGUCCUACUUGUUCAGUAUGAGACGAUAAUGUUCAAAUGCCAAUGAUACAGACAUUCCUUUUUGCUGCAUAUAUGUGUCUAUUAAUAAACUAAACCGUGACAAAUGGAUACAGAACAUGCCUGUUGAAACUUGUCACCAAAUACUAAUUCUAUUUUUUUUUGUCUACCGCCAUAUUGAAACAAAACAAUAUCAGCAUUUUUUAUGUAUUGGUAACUGCUUUUUAAUAGACUAUAGAAGUAAUGUUUGCCCAACCCCCGUAACAUCUUGCCAAUUUGACAUCUACUGAAGAUUAAGGCAUGUGUACAACUGGGUAUUUUGUUAAAUGUUUAUCAUACUACAUACAGUUUGAUCAUAUGUUCGUGAGAAUUGGCACAUUAAAAUGCUUGUUUUGAUGUCUAAAGCAGACUAAUAGUUCAUUUGUCACAUUUAAAAAAUAUAAAUGUAUCAUUUAAGUUUAUUUUUGGGGUGUCUAGCGUGAUGAGCACAUUUGAUAUUGCUGCUAACUUCAAGUCAUGUCUUCUAGUUUAAGGUGUGUCGUAAAUUGUUUUAGUAGAGAAUUUAUUUUUUUAAAGCACUUUUUUUCUACAUUCAUUAUUUACACAAUUAUUUUUGUUUUAAAAUUAUUCUUAUAUUCGUGGUUUAGCACAUAAGUUUUCCUAGAAAAGAUAAUGUCACCGUAAGUAUUUAUCAUGAUGAACGCAUUUUGGUGCUGUCAACUUUUUUUAAAUGUUUGUUCAGAGUAAUGUAAGAAAUCGAUGAGUUAACAAACUGUUAGUUUUAUUAUGAAGAUUAUUUGGCAUUGUUAUAUUUUAGUUCCUCUUGUAGCAUUAUAUUCAUAGAAAAGUAUUGUGAUUGUCCAUCUCAACAUUUCAUUUCAACCUUACUACUAAUCAAGGGCGGAUGCAACUUUGGCGCCAGGAGAGGGUCAGUCGUGGUCAAGUCAAGAACUUAUACGUUUGUCAUCUUACACAGUUAUUAUAUUCAAUUAAAUAAAUAUUGAAGAUAUGUAGUAACAUAAAAUCUGGAAGGUGAUCAAGUAUUGAAAUAAAAUCAUUAUGUUCAAUUAGUGGUCCACCUAAGUCCUGGAACCUGAAAAAAUAUGUAUACUAUGUCGCAGCCAGCUAUUUUAUUUAGCCGUUCAAUGAACAGCCUAGCCUUUAAACUAAACAGCGCCGUUUAACUAGAGGCCUGAAAAAUAUUCAGCCGUAGCGUUUGUUACAGCCUGAAACUGGCUAAUUCUUAGGUCAUUUAAUACAAUAGAGUGAUUAUUUUGCAGAAAUAAAAGAGUAGAAACAUAUGACAUAAAAAAUAUUUAAAAUGUAACUCUUCCUGGAGUCAAAUUCACAUUAUUAUUGUCACUAAACACUUCCAUUGUACUUGUUGUUUUUUAUGAAACUUAGAUGUUUACUAAUUAAAUUUGAAGUUGGCCGACGUCAUAUUGACAGUUGGAAGAGUUUCGUUUUGAGAGAGUUUCAGAAAAUGGAAUUAAGUUUAACAGGCUACGCAAGUGAUGAAACGUCAUCGAUCCAAAUCAUUUGCCGCAACAUCUUUUAGGCCAGUAGUUAAACAGCUUCGCUGUUAAAUUGAACGGCUGAUUAAGCUAUAUACGCUGUUUCAGAAAAAAUACGAUGCUAAUAAUAAAAAUAAGGCCACUUUGAGAAAGCUAUCGAAAAUCUGCAAUAUUUUGAGAAUAUUUUCCACAUUAAGUAUUUUUAUUUCACUAAUCUGGUAGCUAUAAUGUUAUUAUUGUUUGAGGACUAUAACUAAUUCGAAAUAUGUGGCUUUACUAUUUUUACGGUUCAAUUUUACUUUAAAAUGUGGUUUAUAAACUAACAUAAUAUUCUGCGCUACUAUAUUUCACAUCCUUUCAAGAGACAAUAAAAAUGUUGCUUGGGAGCGAGAACUUACAAUAUUAAGUACUUAAUACCUACAUAUUGUAAAUAAUAUCUGCUUGUUUAUAAACGUACAAUAAACCUCAUCAAAUAUUUGCCCCUAACUUUUACUUCGUGUUAUUUGCAAACUGUAUAAAACAUUCUUUAGCUAAUUAGGGCUAGGGUACGUUUUUUAAAAAGAGUUGUGACAGGGAGCUAAUGUGUGCCGUGCCUGGCGAUCUUUUUUGUUUUAGUAAAAAUGUUGAUAUAGUUGUAACAAGACUGUCUGUCAUAUUGGCAUGAUUUGUCUCGGAACUUGUAUUUUUCGUUUUUAAAUAAAUACAUAAUAUUGUCCUCAA